AUGUCUUCAUCAACAUAUGACCAAUGUCAUAUGUGUGAAGAUGAACUUGGAGAUACAGAUGACGUAAUUAUUACAGAAUGCAAUCAUAAAUUUCAUCGUCAUUGUGCUCAAAAGCGUUUCGAUACGAAACAUAAAUCCGAUUGUUAUGUGUGUCAUAAAGACUCAGCAAUUAGUGAUGCACUUUCCCGAGUUAUGAAAACACAGAUUACAAAAUCUACGAAAAAAAUUGAUGAUUCAUCCGAAUAUAUGAAUCCUGAUGACGAUUAUAUUCCUGCAUUAGAUUCUGAAAAUUCGAUUAACACAAAUGAAAAAUUGUGGGAAUGUGAACGAUGUUCAGUUAGUAACACAGAAUCAAUAAAACGAUGUCAAAAUUGUGGAAAAUUAUGCUAUAGUCUACCAUCAAUAUUUCGUGAAACAAUUGAUAACGAUGAAUGUAAUGACUCGUCACCAACAAAGCAAUUUACUUUAGUUUCUAUAACACCAAUCAUAUCAACUUCUGAUACAACAAGAGGAACGAUAAAACAAGAUUUGAAAUCAUCAACAGAAUACAAAGAACAAAAACAAUCAUCGUCAACAGAAUCGAAUAUUAUUGUUUAUAUUACAGAUUUACCAGCAAAUAUCGAUAAUGAUGAUAAUCUUGCAAAAUUAAUUCAGAAUCAUCUCGAAAAUAUUCAUAAAAUUACACCAAUUAGUAUUAAAUGUUAUUCAGAAUUAGCCGCUGGUUUUAUAUAUGUUGGUGAUAAUCAGACCAAAACUUGUUUAAUCGACAAGAUUAAACGAAUGGUAUUAGAUUCAACUGGAGAUACGUCUAUAAUUUCAUUUAAUGAUACUCUUGAACUGAUUUCAUAUAUAGUUAUUGACAAAACAAAUGAAAAAAAAGAUGUAAAUCUACCAGAAUCUCAUGAAAUUCUAAACCGAUGGAUCGAUCUCUAUCAUGGAGAAAAACCACGCUCAUGUGAACAAAUAAGUGCUCAAUUUCCUAAUAUAUAUCGUCUAAUUUCAACUUCAUUGGAUGAUUUACUUAAUGUUAUGUCAAAUAGAGAUUUUCUAAUUAAUAAUCUUAUUGCUCGUGUUUAUGUCGGGGCUAAUUGUAGUUAUUUUGAAGAUUUACCAAGAUCGACAAAUAAAGAACAAUUAGAAAGAACUAUUUGUAUUUCGAUUGGAAUAACAAAUGUAGAAUCAUUAUCACUUCAUAUUGAAUUAAAUAAACAGACGCGUAAUGCAUGUAUAAUCGCUGCUGGUAUAGCUCGAAAAUGGGCAACAAAAGAUUUUCUCUAUGUUAAUGGUAAACCAAUACCCAUAAAAGUAAAUUUAGCUUUUCGUCUUCUUCUUCAUCCGAUAUCAAAACUCUAUAAAGAUGAUGAAAUUUUAAGUCAAAAAAUAUUUCGUGGGCAAGCUAAAAUUCUUGAACGAUGUGGUGAUAAAAUAACUCUUGAAAUAUCCAGUAAAACUAUUUUUGAUGAAUGUUUAAAAUUUGGUGUACUUCGUAUUGGUACUGAUUCUGUAUUAAAACUAGAAAAUUAUAUAUCAAUUAUGGAUCCCGAAGAACUUGAAAUUGAUGUUGAAACUUGGUAUGAAAAUGAAAUGAUCCGUUAUAAACCUGAUAUUAUGCAGUUUAUUAAUGAUCUUGAACAUCCUAUUUUUCGUUAUAAAUGGAAUGCACAAAUAUGGCUUGAACAAUUUCAAAAUAUAAUGUAUUCAGAUUCUAUUACUAAUAUUGAUUCAAGACAUCAUUCAAAUUUAUCAUCAGAUAAAAUUCGUCAUUUAUUUCAAAUGACAGUUAUGUUAAAUACAAUUGGAGUUAUUAGAAAAAAAAAUUAUUUUAUUAAAAAUGAACAAAUUAAUUUAAAUUUAGAUCCGAAAUUAAAAACAAUUAUUUAUAAUCAUGAUUCACUAUUAGAACAUGGUCAAACAGUACAAUUAACAACAACUCCUUAUACAGAAACAAAAGUUAAAGUAAUAAAUGAAGAUUGUUUAACUGUAUAUGGAAAUUGUUGUAAAGAUUAUAAAAAACCACUUUUAUUAAAUAUGGCUAAUGCAACAAGUCCAGGUGGUGGUUAUAGAAAAGGUGAUGGAGCACAAGAAGAAAAUCUUUUUCGUCGAUCAGAUUAUUUUCGAAGUCUCGAUGUUGAACUUGAUCAUAUUUAUGAAGAAACAUCAGAACGAUUUGUUUGUUCAUCUGAUGGUCAAAUUCUUCCACUUCAUGAUUAUCAAUCUAUGUAUCCAAUAGAUGAAUAUGGAGCUAUAUAUACAUCAGGUUUAACAUUUUUUAGAAAAUCUGAACAACAAGGUUAUGAUUAUAUGGAACAACCAUUAGAAAAUGUCUAUUCAUUAGCUAUUGCAGCAUAUCGAAAUCCAAAAUUAGAUGGAAAUAUGUUAUCACCUCAAUAUUCUGUUGGAAUGAGAAAAAAAAUUGAAAAUCUUUUUUCUAUUGCUUAUAAUCAUAAACAUGAUUGUCUUAUAUUAUCAGCACUUGGUUGUGGUGCAUUUAGAAAUCCUCCCGAACAUGUUGCAAAAAUAUUUCGUUCAGUUAUUGAACAAUAUGCUGGAUUUUUUCAAACAAUUAUUUUUGCUAUUCUUGAUGAUCAUAAUACUGGGCAACAACAUAAUCCAGAAGGAAACUUUAAAUCAUUUCGAAAUGAACUACAUGAUCAAAUUUUUCGACCUAUUUUAUCAUUAAAUCGUGCAAAUACAAUUAUUGGACCUUAUCGAAUUUCAUCAGAUGCUUCAACUAUAAAUGAUGUAACAAUAUUUGAUUUACAACCAUGUCCUUUAGGUGCAAAAUGUAAUAAAAUGUAUGAUUCAAAACAUACAUUAAAAUAUUCUCAUCCAGCUUUAUGUAACGAAUUAUGUGCAACAGAACGAUGUCAACAAACAGACAAUUUAGUUCAUAUGUCAUCAUUUAUCCAUCGGAAUCCAUGUAAAAAUGGUACUCAAUGUAAAGAUAUUGAUGAUGAAAAACAUUCUCGAGAAUAUGAACAUCCAUCUUGUUGUCCAAAUGGUGCAAAUUGUCAAGAUACAAGUAAUAAUCAUGAACAAGCAUAUCGACAUUUACCUUUAUGUGAAAAUUUUCGAAAAUGUCCACAAUUUCAAAAACGUGUCAAAAGUCAUUGUGAACAAUUUCGUCAUUGUAAUCCAUCUUGUAAACUUGGAAAUAAAUGUAUUUAUUUUCAUAAUAAACAACAUAUUGAAAAUUACAAACAUCCAUUUCCAUCUCCAUGUCCAUUUACACCGUAUCAUUGUGCAUUUUAUGAAAAAUUUACAACAAUAAAAUCUAACGAAACGAUUCCGAUCGACAUCGAUCAACAUCGUCUAGACUUUGCUCAUGUAUGUCACAUAGGACAAAACUGUACUGAUAAAGAUCCAUUGCAUUGGGAAAAAUCAAUACAUGUACCUCGUUCUAUUUGUAAAUUUGGUUAUCAAUGUACAAAACUUGUUCAAGAAGAUCAUUUGAAUUCAUAUACACAUUCAAAGAUUAAUGAUAUUCGUUUUCUUUGUACAGAUGCUGAUAAAUGUCAAAAACGUAAAGAUCUGAGACAUUUGAGUACAGUUCGACAUAUAAUUACAUUUGAAGAUAGUGGUAUUGUUCGAUAUUUUAAUUUAAAUAAAGAUAUUGAUUUUGUUCAAAAUCAACAUGAUAAUAUAGAACGUGUUAUUAAUUAUAUAAAAAAAGAAAAAUGGGAAACAUUUAAAUCUGGAUCAAUUCCACAAA